CACGAUUACCGUCCCCGGCACGUUUGCUCUUCCCGACGCUCGUUUCAAACAUGUUCAUCUUGACAUAGUUGGACCCUUACCUCCAUCCAACGGUUUUGUCUGUUUAUUGACGUGUGUUGAUCAUUAUACUCGUUGGACACUUGCCGUGUCUUUACGUGAUACUUCUACAGAAACUGUGACGCGAACAUUCAUUGAGAAUCGGAUUUCCGUCUUUGGCACGCCAGCCACUAUUGCUACCGAUAGAGGGUCCCAAUUCAAUUCGGCCUCGUUUCGUGACAUGAACCUCUUGCUCGGUUGUUCCCACCUACGGACAACCGCCUAACAUCGAGCUGCUAAUGGCAUCGUUGAACGUUUCCAUCGUCAACUUAAAGCCGCUAUUACUGCUUCACAGUCGAACUCACAAUGGUCAGAACGUCUACCGAUUAUCUUGCUUGGUAUUCGUAACACACUUUAAAGAAGACAUUGGCUGUUGUCUCGCUGAGUUGGUCUUUGGCACUAAUCUCAGAAAUGGUGCUAGACUCAGUGGUUACUGGAGAAUUUGUUCCGACCUCGUACGUCACACGCCUGAGGAAAUACUUCAGUUCAAUUCGUCCAACGCCACCUCGAAUCAAUCCUCGGAGCCAACAGGUACACCCAGAUUCGCACACUUGCUCCUUCGUUCUCGUGUGCGUCGAUUCCGUCCGUAAACCUCUGACACCGCCUUACGAGGACCC